UAGGUUAAAAUACAAGUUUGAAAUAUGCUACUAAAAAGUUGUAAAACACGCCUGAUGAAGAUGCAUUGAGUACAGGGUGGAUUGCUAUAGGCUCUGGCUCCUCGAAUCGCGCGGGCUCUUCCGGUCAGCUGUUUGUUUCCAUGGCAACGGCCAAACAUGCUGUGGAUUAGUUCUAAUGGGAAAGCAAAGCUUAAUAUACAACACGAAGAGUAUAAGUUCGCAUCCUAAGCAGUGUGUGAAGAUAUUACAUUUUCAGUAAACACGUUAACAUAAAGCGCAUUUUAUUUUUGUUUUCUGUUCCUUUGUGAUUUCAAACCGCAGUGAAUAAGCUGAAAUAUCAGUCAAGUUCGGACAAGACAGUGAAAUUUCACAGCGCAAAGCUGAAGUUAAUAUGGAUGAAAACAUGGAAAAUCCUGGGAAAAGCGAAGAUAAAGAUAAUAUAAAGCUCACUUCGCAGAUACAAAAUAUGACAGUCGAGCCCAUUGCAGACUUUAAUGAUAAUGCAGGGGACGGGAAUCCUUUGCAAUGUAUGCAGGUAUCGGCUUGUGUUUUGGGGUCUGUUGACGGAGACAGUGUCGUGGACAAACCAUCUCAGACGCUGGAGGAGGAGCAGAAAGAACGUUUUGAUCCUGAUCAGCAAGACCUUAUACUGAAUGAGGAGGCUACAUUGUUUACCGAUGUGGGAAACACAACCGCCACGGUGAAGAUAAUGUUCUUGCCAGAUGGGCAUAUGAUGACCAUCGCUUUUGCUAUUGGGCUCACCAUUCAGGACCUCAAAGAGCAUUUUUCAAAUGAACUUAAAGUGCCAUCUGACGUCAUCCAAAUUUUACUGAAUGGUGGCAUCACUGAAAAUAACAAAACUCUCGUUAGCCUGGGUGCCCAGCCUCAUGGUACUGUUCAGCUGGAGAUGUCUUCCAUUGACCCUGAAAAACACCCAAUCCGGCCUGUGAAACCCCAGCCAGAGUACAGCAUGUCAGAUGUCAUUACUGUGAGGGUCCACAAAGGUCAGCUGAGAUACACAGACCUGGUGGCCUAUCGGGACGUGGUGGUGGAAAUAGUGCGAGCCCCACACAGGAAGGCGUUUCUGGGCGGGUACCGGCAUCGCAUCACAGGGACAGUCUUCCAUCACGCUGCAGUACAGACUCUGCCCAGGAAAAGAGCGGACCGGGGGGUGGAGACCUUCUGUCGCGACACACAGACAGUGGAGACAAAGUGUCAGUCUCAGCAAUGCUUCAACAACACAUCAACACAAAUGACCAAAAUUGGCUGCUAUGUGUCCAACAUGGAGGACAAACUCAUUUCGCCUGGAGUUUACAUCACUGCCGAUGAGUACCACAGCAGGAGACUGGAAGCGGUUAUGGUUCUGCAGACGCACGUGAGACGCUGGCAGGCGAAGCGUUUCACAGACCAGCUCCGACGUGAGAAGGAACACCAUCAGGACUGGGUGAAGAAAGAGGAGGUGAGGCGAAAGCUAGAGAAGGAGGAGAAGAUAAAGGAUGAGCAUCGGAGGAGGAUGAAUCCAGUCACCGAUGAAGACUUUGAACUGCUGUACUACUCUGUGGAAAGGUGGAGGCAGCAGGAGGCGGAGCACAUCAAUGACACACUCUCAGGGCCAGAGCGUAAGGCCGCCCUCUGUGCGCUCCUGGACCAGGAGACCCAGUUCCUCUUUUCAGUUGAGCAGCAUCGCACAGCCGCCAGACAGAGGAAUCAGCAGAAGACUGUGCAGGCCCUCUUGGACAAGUGUGCUGCCCCCAAGAGGUGGCAGGCGUUUGAUGGACGGAUGACCCUCAUGGACACGCAGCACACCAUUAGGGCCCAGGAGCUGAGAGACCUGUACAACAGUGUCAAUGUACAGAAUGUGAAAAAAGAGGAGAGGCUGAACGCACUGCUGGCUGUUCAGCACACAGUCAAGGAGCAUGACUGUAAACUGACACGGGACAUCGUGGAGCUGAUUGACAGGGAAACAGAUCUUCUGACUAGAGGCGUUAAGGAGGCCAACCUAGGUGGUCUGAGGAAGAGGAUCUCAACACUCUUCCUCCAGUAUAUUAAAACUCCUGCCUUCAACCCUGAGGUUUCCAGACUCCUGAAAGUCCCGCAGGACCCGGCUCAGAUGAAGAUGGACUUCGUCUUCUGCCAAGGCUGCAGCAGCCACCUGCCGCCCGCAGACUUCCCGUUGGAGUACAGCGCACGCACGGCAGGCCGCUGCCGUCGGUGCACACGGCUGGACAAUGAGGCACGCCGCCGCGUGGACCUCUCCCUCCACAGGAGCAUCCUCAGACGUCUGCAGCAGGACGAGGUCUCCCGCAACAGGGACUCUAAGAUCCCCUUCCUGAUUCAGGAGCAUGACCUUCGCUACCUGGUUGAUGUGGUGUGGGGGGCCCGGUCGGCCCUCAGCAUGCAGGACGACAUGCACGACCUGGCGAUGGUGCGCUGGGAGCCGCUCUGUGACUGGAGCCCCUGGAACUGCAUCCUACUCACCAAGGAGGAGGCCAGCGCUCAUCUGAAGGUGGAGCACCUGGAGAAGGUGUUACACAGUGCAGAUCUGCCCUCCGCACCAGUCCUGUCUGUUAUGCAUAUGGAGUGGUGUUCAUGUGCAGCGUUAAGCAGAAGCACAUGCUGGCCCAGAAGUACUUCUCCAAAAUCCCAGCCAUGGCCCAGUUCCUGCAGAACACCAGCCCCCAGCCAGAUGCCCAUGACGACCUGCUGGUAACCAAACCCAUCACUGUAGAGACCAAGUGACUACAGGGCAGCACCCAGUCCAUCACAACUACCCACCCCCCAAGGUUGAACGAUCAUAUCCUGCACCCUUUGGACUAAGAUACCAAUU